AUGCAACAUUCAACCAUCGCCGCCGCGUCACAAUCUUCGCGCGGCGGCGAUUCCGCCGAUAGCUCCGAUAUCAGACGAGCAAAGAAACGUGGCAGUUAUAACUGUGGCCGUUGUGGUCUUCCCAAGAAGGGACAUAACUGUAAUAUCAAAACCCCUAUCUCUGCCACCACCACGCCUGCCGAUUCGGCUUUAUCGGUUGUUUCCGUGCCGUCGUCGGCUGUUUCGGCGUCACGUCAGCCGCCUUCGAAUCUUCGUCGUGCGCUUUCGUUCGACGGUCUUGAGGAUCGAGCUAGCGGACUCUAUCUGCGUUUAGACGAUAGGGCGGAGGAAGAUUCGGCUGUAGAGGCGGAUCUGGAAUCCGAUCUGGAUCUGGAUGUGGAUUUUGAUUCGUCUGGGUUGCCGGCGAGUUUAAGGUGGGAGGUUUUGAGGAGGUUGCCGCCAGCGGGAUUGUUGUCUGCGGCGAAGGUGUGUAAAGGAUGGAGGGAGACGGCGAGGAAGCUGUGGAGGGCGACUGAGGAGUUGAAGCUUAGGGUUCCGGCGAAAGUUCACGUUGGAUUUGUGGCGUCGAUGCUACAGAAAUGUCCUGGGAUCGUGAGGCUUUCACUUAGGAUGGAAAGUGAUUUUGAUUCUACAAUGCUGGCUUGCAUUGCAUUUUCAUGCCCUAAUUUGGAGUCUAUGGAGAUCUCGAUAUUCGACACUGCAACCAAUCGGAUCAAUGGGGAUGAAUUGGGCCGAUUUGUUGCAGACAAAAGAAACCUCAAAAGCCUCAAGAUGGAAGGUUGUUCUAAUCUAGGGGGUUUUGUCAUUUGUUCGUCUAGUCUGUCUACACUUUGGCUAUCAGAUCUGCACUCUCUAUCUAAGAUGGUAUUUAACUGUCCUCAGUUGAGAGAGAUUUCAUUGGAAUUUUCUUGCCAAGAAAAUGAUAGCACUGAUCUCAUAUCUAUGAUUCAAGGAUUUGGAAGAAGUUGCUUGAAAUUACAAAACAUACACAUAGCGUCAAUGCGGCUUUCUCAUGCUGCAGUGCUUGCUCUUACAGCUGCUCAAUUGAGGGGGCUCCGGAUGCUUUCUCUUGUUCUUGGAUCUGAAUUAACUGAUGCAUCUGUUGCUGCAAUUGCCUCAAGCUACCCAAAUCUCGAAUUGCUUGACCUCAGUGGAUCUGGCAUAAGUGACAGUGGCAUUGGAAUGAUUUGUAAUGUAUUCCCUGAAACACUUAAAAGACUUCUCCUUGCUCUUUGCCCUAACGUGACCUCAAGUGGCAUUCAAUUUGCUACAGCUCAAUUACCGCUUCUUGAACUUAUGGACUGUGGCAUGACCAUAUGUGAUCCUAAUUUCCCUGAUCCAAUUGCUGAUGGAAAUGACUGCGAAUCACAAAAAACUUCCACCACAAAUCUACAACAUAUAAACCAAAAGCUAAUCAUCAAACAUAGCCGUAUAAAGAAACUCAGUUUGUGGGGUUGCACUGGUUUGGAUGCCCUAUACUUAAACUGUCCAGAUCUCAUUGAUCUGAAUUUGAAUUCUUGUAGAAAUCUGAUUUCAGAGAGGCUGUUGCUUCAGUGCCCCACUUUAGAAAAUGUUCAUGCAUCAGGUUGUCAGGAUAUGUUAAUUGGGGCAAUUCAAAGUCAGGUCCGCAAUGCUUUUCCUGCUGUAGAUAACCAUUCACCUUCUAAACGUCUACCUGAUGGCUCCAAAAGGGUCCGGGUUCCUUAUUUACUUAGUGGAGAGUCCCCUGAACCUGAUAAAAAGCGAAGGCGGAUUGAAAGACUUCCGUGUAAUGUGCUUGUGGACUGA